AUGCACUUCUCAGGCUUUACAAGCUUCCUUGUUGCGACAUUGGCUGCCUGCAGCGUAGCCUCUCCUGUUGACCUGGGCAAACGUGCAGAAAUCACCGUUGGCUUCCGCCGUGCUGAUAAGACUCAAGCCGAAAAAUACAACAAAGAGGGCCUCUACUUUGACCACGGUCAUGUAAUGUGGGGUGCCCAGAUUGGUAAAGGAGUGUACACCUCUCCUUCCCGUGAUGAGUAUGAGGCGCUGGCUGCUCCUGAUGCCUGGUACUGCGUCAUCAAAGCAGACCAAGCAGCCUUCGACAAAAUCCCCAAAGUUUGGAUCCCCGAAAAGAACCAACACAACCAGAGAAUGUGGAACCAGAAAGACGAGAAGCGAAUCGACGAAUACAUCGAAAGCCUUCACGAGAAACCAUCGAGCUCUCUCCGUUUCUCGAUCAUGCCUCAUGGUAGAGAUCGCAGCCGUCAGCAAAUGCUGAUUGUCCCGGAACUUGCUGAUAAGAAGCAUUUCACCAUCCACUGCUAUGAGAAGAAGGAGGAUGUUAAGGAGGGGCCCGUUCAUUAUGAUAGCUGGCAUCCUAAGGGUGAGAAGGGGAACUAG